UGUGAGUACAGCUCCUUCAUCCUCCUCUUCUUCGGACUCUCUGGCCUCAGCAUUAUCUGUGCCAUGUCUAUAGAGAGGUAUCUGGCCAUCAACCAUGCCUAUUUCUACAACCACUAUGUAGAUAAGAAGCUGGCAGGGCUCACGCUCUUUGCCAUCUACGCUUCCAACGUGCUGUUCUGCGCCCUCCCCAGCAUGGGGCUCAGCAAAUCCACCUUGCAGUACCCCGAGACUUGGUGUUUCAUAGACUGGCGAGCCAAGGAGGCCACUCACGCAGCAUACUCCUACAUGUACGCCGGCUUUAGCUCCUUCCUGAUCAUGGUCACUGUGAUCUGCAACAUCCUGGUGUGCGUGGCCCUCAUCCGCAUGCACCGCCAGUUCAUGCGGCGCACAUCCUUGGGCACGGACACCACCUCCAGCCGCUUAUCUGACUUUCGCAGACGCCGGAGCUUCCGUCGUAUGGCUGGAGCGGAGAUCCAGAUGGGUAUUCUGCUCAUUGCCACUUCCCUGGUGGUGCUCAUCUGCUCCAUUCCUCUGGUGGUCCGCAUCUUUGUGAACCAGCUGUACCAGCCUGAGACAGUGAGGGACAUCAGACAAAACCCUGACCUGCAAGCCAUCCGCAUCGCCUCCGUGAACCCCAUCUUGGAUCCGUGGGUUUACAUCCUGCUCCGCAAGACUGUGCUCAGCAAAGCCAUCGAGAAGAUCAAAUGCCUCUUCUGCCGAAUUGGUGGCGCUCGGCGGCAGCACCCAAGGGGCAAUUUCAACUGCGCGGAUGGCCGCAGGACCUCGUCUGCCAUGUCCAGUCAGUCACCUUCCUGCAUCUCCCGGGAGCUGAGGGAGAUCAGCAGCACCUCCCAGACACUGCUCUACCCGCCAGAGUUAAGUGAAAGCAGCAUCGGGGGCCGCGUGCUGCUCCCGGGCCCCGGCGCCAGUUUGGCUCAGUCCGACACUACAUCGGUAAGGACACUGCGCAGCUCAGAGACCUCGGACUCUUCGCAGGGGCAGGACUCUGAGAACGUCUUCUUGGUGAAUGAAAUCCAGUAUGGCAGUGGGGCUAGCUCCACAGCCAAGGGCAGCCCUCUCCAGGUCACCUUCCCCUCUGAAGCACUGAACUUAUCAGAAAAAUGCAUAUAGCAAUGAAAGUCACCAACCCUUAUGAUCCUUCCUGGUACAUUGGAAAAACUGGUGCAAUAGAUAGGUAUUUUACCUGUGCAAGGGGAUAGGGGUUCAGCUAUGCUCCAAAGGGCUAUUUUUCUCUUGCCAUAUGAUGGGUACGUUGCUUUUAGACUACUGAGGACUGUAUGGAACAGACACUGCACUUGUCCCUGUCAUCAGAAAUUGUACAAGACAGGUCUAACAGGACUGGAAGCAUGAACUGUCGUGUUCCUGGACACAGGAGAGCUACAGGUUCUGGAGUAAAAAGAUCCAUCACCUGUUU